AUGGCUACGUCCACGAAGCAGCUCUGUGGCGUUGUCAUCUCCUCCGGAAAGAUGAUGCGCGCGAUCAAAGUCCGCACCUCGAAACAGGUCUACAAUAGCUUCCUCAAAAAGCAUUUUGUAAAUUAUGACAACCACCUUGUCUCCGAUCCCACCGAAGCUACCAGGACCGGGGACGUCGUGCGCAUUACUACCGAAGGCCAAGUUUCCCGCCAUAUCAGGCAUGUCGUGACUGAAAUAGUUGCUCCCUGGGGAUCAGAAAUUCACGAAAGGCCGGCUGUUCUGUCCGGGCAGCAGAGAAAAGCAGUCAAAGAUGAGAAGUACCGGGCAAAAUUAGAGAGGCGAGGAAAAGUAGCGCAAUUGGAGAGAUGGGAGAGGGAAAGAGAGAAGACCGGUAAAGACGCACCUGAUUAUGAGCGGAGGGGUGAAGAUGCUGCCGAGUUGGUGAAAGGUUGA